UGUACAUUCUUGUAGGGAAACGAUGGCGCUUCUACAGAUGGUUAAAGGACCCUGUUCACAAACGUGUUACACGCUUUACAGUUGCAGCUAGAAUUGAGCAACACUUAAUAUCACUGCUGAUUGCAGGAUUUAAAGAACUUCUACGUCAUCAUUACCAAAUUUCACAUGAUCAUCUCUCUCAUGUCACAUCAGAAACUCUAGGAUCGGGAAGGAGGUCGAGAAAUUGCAAAGAGUGCUUAAGAAGCUACGUAGCUCAAUAGCUAGUAAGGACGCUAGUUUUCGAAAUCCUUGCAGAUUAAAUCCAACCAUACGGCAGCCAGAGAUUGCAUUGCCAAUAUUUGUGUGCCUACAAGACAAGGGUCGACAGAGGAACAGCUACGGAGCAGGGUAGUGCCCGAUUCGUGGUGUGAAUGAGGGAGCCAUGGCAGACCACACCCCCCCUCUGGAGUCCGGCCAGCUGCUCAGCCCUGACAUCCCCUUGCUCCAGUCGCCCCCGCCCCCACCCAUGGUCAACGGAGAGGGCCCGCAGCAGGUAAUCUUGGUGCAGGUAAACCCAGGCGAGGCCUUCACAAUCCAGAGAGAGGAUGGUCACAUCCAGUGUAUCACAGGUCCUGCUCAGGUUCCCAUGAUGUCUCCUAAUGGUUCAGUGCCUCCAAUCUAUGUGCCUCCUGGAUACGUUUCUCAGAUCAUAGAGGAGAAUGGCGUGCGGCGCGUGCUGGUGCUGCCCCAGCCCGAGUUCCACCACGGGGCCCACUCGCCGCUGCACCACGCGCCCCCUCCGCCGCCGCCGCCGCAUGCCCACGCCCACAUGCCCGCCUUCCUGCCCCACCCGCCCAUGAUGCCCCCGCCGCCCCACCUCUACUCAGGCAUGGCCGGGGGCGCCGGCGACAUGAGCCCACAGUUCAUCUCCCAGUACCACCCCGCGCACAUCUACUCAGAACAGGACCCGCACGCCUCCCCGCACGGGCGCCAGCCGUUCGUGCACCGUGACGAAAGGGCUAACAAAACCUAUGAGCGACUGCAGAAGAAACUGAAGGAACGGCAGGGCGGGGAGAGAGGAGGCGAAAGAGGAGGAGGAGGAGGAGGUGGAGGUAUAGGAGGAGGAGGAGGAGGGGGACCCAACAAGGACAGCCCACCGUCGUCUCCUCAGAAGAGCCGUGUCACCUCUCCGGCGGGGUCGGACAUCCACAACGGCCUGGGCCUGGGCCUGGGUGGCGGAGGGGGCAGGAGUGGCAGCGACCUGGAGCAGAGCCCCCUGGCCUCCCCCGACUCCCCCUGCCGCUCCAUGGCGGCCGCAGCUGCAGCAGCCUGUGGACGGGACAGGGACGCCCCACCUGGAGAGCUGGAUGAGGAGGGCAAGGCACUGAAGGCCAGACUAAACACCAUUAGCAAGCCACUGGUGGUGGAGAUCCAUGCCAGAGGUGUAUCCCUGAGCUGGAGCCCUCCUCCCAGGCCUGAUGCAGACAGCGGGGGAGGGGAUGGGGAUGGGGGUGAGGGUAAGAGCAAGAGCAAGAACAAGAGCAAGAGCAAGAGGGGUGCAGAGUCAAAGGGAGAGGAAGCCACAGAGGGAGAGGAAGAGCAGAAGGAGGAGGCAGAGGAAGGGGAGGAAGAUGAAGGAAAGAAUGAAGAGGGAGAAGGAGGAGAAGAAGAAGCUGAGGAGAAGGAGGAAGAGGAGGAGCAGACACCUCCAGAGCCGCCCUUCACCUAUGAGGUGUCCGUCUCCUACAGCGGCAAAGACGGGCGAUUCAAGACUGCAUACAGUGGGAGUGAUCUGAGCACCACCAUUGAAGACCUUCGACCAGCAACAGACUACCAUGUCAGGCUCCAGGCCGUGUGUAACUGUUUACAGGGCUCCCCGUCGGAGGCUGUGAGCUUCACGACUCUCAGCUGUGAGCCUGACGCCCCCAGCCCACCCAAGAAGUCCAACGGCACCAAGAACUCCCUCAGCCUGCAGUGGAAGCCCCCUUGUGACAAUGGCUCCAAGAUCCAAAACUACAUUCUGCAGUGGGACGAGGGAAAAGGCACGGGGGUGUUUGAGCAGUGCUACUACGGCAAUCAGAAGCAGUACAAAGUCACCAAGCUCUCGCCGGCCUCCAGAUACGCCUUUCGCCUGGCGGCAAAGAACGACAUGGGGGUCAGUGAGUACAGUGAGGUGGUGGAGCUCUUGACGUCGUGUGGGGUGCCGGGAGCCCCCAGUAGCCCUGAGCUGGUGAAGGCAGGCGUCAGCUGGCUCUGUCUGCAGUGGACACGGCCCGCCACCUCACCACGAGAAGACGAGAUCGGAUACGUACUGGAGAUGGAGGAACCCGGAUCGGGCUAUGGUUUCCAGCCUAGUUACGAUGGUGAUGAGCUCUCCUGUACUGUCAGGAACCUUCACAGGAGCACCACCUACAAGUUCCGCGUGGCUGCCUAUAAUACGGAGGGGAAGAGUAACCCGAGUCCUGUAUCUGAGAUGACCACGACUCCUGACCGACCAGGCUGCCCCUCCAGACCCUCUCUCAGGGGCAAGGCCAACCCCAAUGGCUUCCGUAUUUCCUGGGAUGCCCCCAAAGACACAGGAGGAUCCACCAUCUCCAAGUACACAGUGGAGAUGCAUGAAGGUCAAACAGGUUCGUCGUGGGAGGAGGUGUAUAGUGGUUCUCUGAUGGAGUGUGUGUGUGAUGGGCUGAAGCCCGGCUGCUCCUUCCAGACCAGAGUCUACUGCGAAAGCGACGGAGGCCAGAGCACGCUGUCGGAGACCCUGCUGGUCCAGACUCCCGCCGUGCCCCCUGGGACCUGUCUGCCCCCCAGAGUGCAGGGCCGUCCCAAAGCCCGCGAGCUGCAGCUGCGCUGGGGCCCUCCGCAGGUGGAUGGUGGCAGUGCGGUGUGUGGCUACAGCGUGGAGCUGGGCGGGGGGCAGGUGGAGGAGGCCAGAGAGGUCUACCAGGGCUCCGAGCUCGACUGCACCGUCAGCAGCCUGCUGCCCGGACGCACCUACAACUUCCGGGUCAGGGCGGCCAACAAGGCAGGGUAUGGUCCCUUCUCGGAGCGGACUGAGGUAACGACGGGUCCAGGGGCCCCAGAGCAGUGCCGAGCGCCCCACGUCACCUGCAGAUCCCCCUCCUGUGCUGUGGUCACCUGGGAGGCUCCCCCCAGCAAUGGUGCCCCGGUAACAGAGUUCCGUGUUGAGUGGGGUGCGGCGGAGGGGACCAUGCAGGCGUGUUACUCAGGAUCCGCCACCAGCCACGAGAUCAAGGGGCUCCUACCUGCCACCAACUACUUCUGUAGAGUACAGGCGUUGAACGUGGCCGGGGCGGGUCCCUUCAGCGAGGUGGUGCUGUGCCAGACGCCGUGCUCCGUGCCCGCCGCCGUCAGCGUGGUGCACGCCCUGCGGGAGAGCGAGAUGGUGGUGGAGCAGCCCGCCGCGCGGCCCCGACGCAGACGACGCAGCAGCGAGGAGGACGAGGAGGAAGAGGAGGACGAAGAAGAGGAGGAGGAGGACGAGGAGGAGGAGGCAGCACCGGUGCUGUAUUCACCGUCGACGUGUCUGGGGCUGAGGUGGGAGGCGCCAUGUGACCACGGCAGUGACAUCACAUCCUAUUUGAUCGACCUCGGGGAGAGGCAGCCCGUGCUGACGGGGCCGGUCACCAGAUACAUACUGCAGAAUCUACAGCCGGAUACAGCGUACAGGGUGCGUAUCCAGGCGCUGAACAGCCUGGGCGCGGGCCCCUUCAGCCACACCUUCAAGCUGAAGACCAAGCCCCUGCCCCCGCCGCCCCCCCGCCUGGAGUGCACCGCCUUCAGCCACCAGACGCUGCGGCUCAAGUGGGGCGACGGGCCCGGCAAGUCCAGCACCUCCGACGCCCUGCAGUACCACCUGCAGAUGGAGGACAGGAAUGGGAGAUUUGCGUCCCUGUACAGAGGGCCGUGCCACACUCACAAAGUGCAGCGUCUGAAUGAGUCUACCUCCUACACGUUUCGCAUCCAGGCCUUUAACGAGGCGGGGGAGGGCCCUUUCUCCAAUGUUUACACCUUCACUACCCUGCGCUCGCCCCCUGCCGCCCUCAAAGCUCCUAAGGUGGAGCGUGUGGGUGACCAGUCCUGUGAGGUGAGCUGGGAGGCGCUGGGCCCCAUGAAGGGAGACGCCAUCAGCUACACGCUGCAGUGCAUGCUGGGAAACUCAGAGUUCAAGCAGGUGUACAAAGGCCCGUCCUCGUCCCACACCAUGUCGGCGCUGCAGGCCACGAGCGAGUACCGCUUCCGGGCGUGCGCCCACCGCCUGUGCCAGGACGGCCCCGAGCUGGCGGGGCCCUGGAGCCCCACUGUCUUCCUGCAGCCCCAGCGGCCCCACCCGGAGGCCGGCGCGGGCACUGCGGGGGGCGCGAGGAGCGGGGCGGGGGCCGAGGUGCGCAGGGCCAGGCGCAGCCUGACGGACGAGCAGCUCACCCUCAUCUUCAUCUUGUUGUUCGGCAUCAGCGGCAUCCUCAUCGCCUUCGUCAUCCAGUACUUUGUCAUUAAGUGAGGAAGAGGAAGGGGGGAGAGAUAUGUAUAUGGAGGAAGAUGAUGAUGAUGGUGUGUUUAUGGUGAACGGUGAAGGAUCUGCACGCGUGACAAAAACUGAGAACGUAAUGACAAAGACGGACACACAAACCUUGCAUUAUUUCGUAUACACAUACACACAGCACCCUCUCCAACCCCCCCUCCCUCUCUCCUUGCCUCACCCCCACUAUCCCCUGGCCAAUGUUGGUCUAUAUGGCUUUAUCUUUUGUUCAUUUUUUUGGCUCUUGUUUUUUUGUCAUGGUAAUUAUUGACCUUCUUUUUAAUUUAUUUUUCUGGCUUUGUUUAUGUCCUGGGAUUCAGUUGUGAAGGGAUGAAUUUGUAUUUCCUCGUCACAUCGAUCAUAAAAACCAUCCAUCCAUCUUCCCCUCCCAACAACCCACAAUCCCGACCUAAAACGCCUACCCCCUCCCACGGUCAUAGGGGGAACCAAGAGGAACCCUGGUGUGGUUUCAGUGAGGGCCACAUUAUGUGCUGCACAUUUGGACCAGGUGGAGGUAGAGUAUGGAGCAACUCACUGCUCCAGGAAAGUACUCCUCUCUCUACUCUCCUCUUCAUCUCAAUGGCCGACAUUCACUUUAGCGACGUAUAUUUCCAGUCAAAUUUAUGUAUCCACCCGUGUGCAGAUGUAAGCAUCUUGUAAUUUAUAUAUCUAUAUAUAAAUGUAUGUAUUUUCUAGCUCUGGUAUGGGAAACCUCUGAUUGGUCAACCUUGCCGCCAUGUGGGCAGGGGCCCGUCUAGCUCUAAGAAGAGAGAGAGACCCUUAGCCGUGUGUGUUCCGCCCAUGAUGGACGCUUUUAGGGCUGCGUUUCCUUGUCGGGAGUCAAGAUGGACGCUACGAGGCCAGUCGGGGUUUACAGUGCGAUAACUGCGGUGCAGACUCUCUGUGGGGGUUGGAGGGUGGUGAGAAGCCAAGCCCAAGCCCAUCCGGCUGUGAUGAAGGUGAGUUUGCCCCCCCCGCCUGACCCUUGGAAGGACUUGUGAUGACCCCUAACUUUGCACCAUUGCACCUCUCCCCUCUACUUCACGCUGAUCCACCUUUAAAUAGAUAAAAAAAUAAAAUGGCCUCCCACCAUCCAAAGCCCCAGGACCUGACGUUGGGACUUUGGUCCACUGGGUAACUCUGGGUAACCUUGGAUAAGCUGGAAAAUAGGUUCUCAGAGGACUCCACAGGUCCCCAUCCCCAAAACAAUGUCCCAGUUCCAGGAGUGAGUGAGUGAGUUCAACUAGCACUCCAUCACCACCCUUACCCACCCCUCACAGUCCAAUACUGUAGAGUCCACUCGUCUCCAGAAUCAUUAGGAGAUGUGUUCAAAGAGGUAUUCUACAGUACGAACACCCCUUCUUCCACACCCUUCCCACCCAAGAGUCCAUGUCCCAAGUUAUUGGGUAAUAAGUUGUCACAGGGGACUUAACUACCCCCACACCUGCCCACCCAAGAGUUCAAGUCCCAAGUUAUUGGGAGAUAUGUUGUCAGAGUACUUUACACACCCAUCCCGAAGACUCCCCCAGUUUUUGGAGGAUGAUUUCACAGGGGGCUCUGGCACCGCCAUGUCCCCCCCCACCAGGUGUCCCAGAGAAAGAAGAGUGUCCACAGUGGGAGGAAGUUCAAAGUGGGUUAGCCAUGCAGAGUUGGCUGGCCGAGGUGUUGUAGAACCCUUAUUUAGCACUUUCCCACCUUUUUGAUGUUCCGAAUGUUGUAAGGAUGCAAAAAUGACUAGAGAAAUGCUUAGUAUAUUUUUGUACAGUGAAGAAACGUGGAGAAGACAAACAAAAAUCACCUGUUCCCAUAACCUCUCAGAAGUGGGGGAGUAAAUAUCCCAUGAACUGGCGAUGGGUAAACAGGGGGAUGGAAGAAAAAGAGAAAAAAAACAAAACAAAGAAAUAAAAAAGUCAAAAUGAGAACCAAACUAACAAGAGGAGAAAAUAAAAAUUAGAAGUUAUUUUUAAUAUCAAGUAGUUACUGUAGCUUGUUUAUACAGUCAUACAGCUGCUGCUUUGCUCCAAAACAUUUGCUCAGCACAAGAGAAAGAGAAAGUGGAGAAAACAAACAAAAAAAGAAAACUGUAUGCUCAUCUUUCGAUCAUCGGUUUUUGCACCUUAGAGAAGAGAGGAGAGGGAGGGAGACGUGAGGUAGAACAUGACUGAAUGCAAUGCAUUGUGGGUAGCUUACUCCUGAUGCUAAAUGCUCGAUUUCAUUCUCAGACGGAUUGUGCAAAGCCCUGUGUGUGUCUUGGGUGUUUUAAACAAUUGUAGUACUAUUGAAUAUAUUAAAGUCUUUGAAACUGGUAUAUGAAACUGUUAUGAUUACGAAAAAAAAGAUAUAAAAAAUGUUCAUGACUUAAGGAGCUCGCUAAUUAAAUUGAAAUCAACUAGCAUCUUUGGUUAAGUUUCCAUGUCUUAUUUCUAACUUUAGUUUAAGAAGUGAUUAAAGUUAAUUUUAUGUUUGUUUGUUUUUCGCAAUAUUGAUUUUGAUGUACUGUGGACGGUAAUCACCAGACUUAUUUCAUUGUAGAGCUUAAUAUACAUUUUGUGAUUUAUUUUUAUUUUUUCUUCUUUUAUUUUUCUGCCCCUGUUUGUUGUUGGUACAGGGCUAGGCGGUGUGUUGGGAAGGGAGGGGGUGUAGGGCUAUGCAUUUGAAGUUUAUUUUUUUAUAUUGGAAGGUAAUUUAAGUUAAUUCUGUCCAGAGGUAUUAAAAAAUGUAGGGGGGGGAAUCUUUGUCUUGUGCAAAAAAAAUGCAAAAACAGAAAGGCAAAACGGCAGUGAAAACCAUGUGCUCCUUUGUCAUGUACUUCCUGUGAUAAUCUCUAACACUUUGCCUUCUUCUCUGUGUGUUGAAGUCUUUUUGUGAGUGAUUGCCAACACUGAAGCCACAGUCAGUGUAAGCAGUCUGCCAGUAGGGUUUUUGUGAUGUGUUUGGUUAUGGGAACGGCCAUUGCUGUUGCAACCAUUUUAAAAACUUAAAAGAUAUAAAUGUACAACAGGUACUUUGCAAGAAGUAUUGGAUGAUUUAGAAGAAAACAAACAAACAAAAAAAGAUGAAUUACAUGAUUUGGUCUUUGGUCUAGAUAUUCUGCAAUGUCUCUUUGUCGUUGAAAAACUCGCAAAUUCCUAUUUUUGAUAGUGAUUGAAAAAAAAUGUAAUUGCAACAUGUGCCAUUCUAGCACUUCUCCUAGCCAUGGUAAACUCCCUGCUAUUGGCUGUUGGGAGAAUGGAAGCUACAAAAAGAAAAAAAUAUAUAUGCACAAAAAAGAGACCAUUUUUAUGUAAUUUUAAUGUUUGCAGUUACCUCAUACACAGUACAUUCCAAAAUGAGAGAUUUGUUAUACUCUACAUACUACCAGACAUAUCACUUUAAAUUGUUCGUUAUAAAAUAAAAAAGAAAUGUAUAAUCAUAACUAUGUAUCUAAAGUGUAUCUGUAUAGCCAUCAUAUCUACAGCAGAUUCAUGCACAAUAAAAGAUUUAUAAUUCUU